UCACUCCUCACUGAAGACGCGGCCGGUCAAAGCCGUCGCGAGCUCGCAAGCUCCCCCCCCUCCGCCGCGCGUGUCUUCUUCUCCCCGACGCCACCCACUUCCGCCGCCGCCACCACCACCACGACGACGAACAUCAGCCCCUCUCUCUCCGCCAUGGCCACCCGUCUCCUCCUCCUCCUCAUCGCCACCCUCCUAUUCUCCACCCCCUCCCCCGCCGCCGCCUCGCCGCACAUCUCCGCCGUCAUCUCCCAGUCCGGCCUCGACUUCGCCAAGGACCUGCUCGUGCCCCGAGCCGCCGACACCCUCGCGCAGCUGAGCGUCCCCGACAUCGAGCGGUCCGUGAGCAUCCCCAUCAUCGGCGCCGUCCGCACGGUCGCCUCCCGCAUCGUGCUCGGCGGCGUGGCAGUCGCCAACUCCACCGUCGCCGCCGGGGACACGGGGGUCGUGGUGGCCGCGUCCCUGUCCAGCGUCAACCUCACCAUGGAGUGGAGCUACUCGUACAGCUCCUGGUUCGUCGAGAUCUCUGACAGUGGGAAUGCUUCGAUUCAGGUUGAAGGAAUGGACGUUGGGGUUUCCAUGGGUCUGAAGAAUGAAAAUGGAUCGCUCAAACUAUUUGUUAUGGAAUGUGGCUGUUAUAUGAAAGACUUGGACAUAACACUGAAUGGAGGAUCCUCUUGGUUUUAUCAAGGAUUCAUAGACGCUUUUAGCAAUCAUAUCAGAUCAUCUGUGGAAAAUGCGAUUACGAACAAAAUAGUGGAGGGUGCAUCGAAGCUCGACCUUUUCCUAGGAGGUCUUCCAAAGGAAAUUUAUGUUGAUAGAGUUGCUGCUAUGAAUGUGACAUUUAUUAAUGACCCACGCUUCAGUAGUUCUUCUGUUGAGUUUGAUAUAGAUGGACUAUUUAUUCCAUCUGAUAAAGCUGCUCCUCAGAGUGACAUGCAUUUUGGUGAUACCAAACUUGCACAACCUCUUGGCAGCUCUUCAAACAUGCUGUGGAUUUCAUUGGACGAAGAUGUUUUCAACUCUGUUUCAGCUCUCUACUUCAAGGCUGGUUUACUACAAUAUAUGGUAGACAAGGUUUCCGAUCAGUUUCUUUUGAACACUGCUAGCUGGAGGUUUUUGAUUCCAAGGUUGUACCGUAAAUAUCCAAACAAGGAUAUGCUGCUGAACAUUUCUGCUAUAUCACCUCCCUCUGUGAGGAUUAAUGUGGGUAGAAUUGAUACCACAGUGGACUUAGAUGUCAUAGUAAAUGUAUUGGGUUCUGAUGAUAUAGUUCCAGUUGCAUGCAUAUCACUGUCAGUUGCUGUCUCUGGACAUGCAAGUGUUUCUGGGAAUAAUCUUGUUGGAAAGAUUGAGUUAAAUUAUUUCUCGUUCGACUUGAAGUGGAGCGACAUUGGCAAACUUCAUACUGGUAUAGUGCAGAGUCUGAUACGUAUCGUCCUGAAAAAUUUGUUCGUGCCCUACGUGAACUCGUAUCUUGGACAAGGUUUCCCGUUGCCUAUCAUCAAGGGCUUCGUCAUCAGAGAUGCGUAUAUCCUCACUUCAUACUCAAGCAUAAUCGUUAGCUCUGAUGUUUCCUUCAUCGAACCAAUGAAUAGAUCUGGAAUAAAGCAGGUCGUUGGAUCAGUCAACAAAGAUCCGGCAGUCACCAUGAAACAAUUAGUAUAAACUAAUGUACGUUGUGGAGCUAUUUCAUUAAUUGUAUCUGUUGUAGUCUGGCAUCGGUUGUAUAAACAAUUAGUAUAAACUAAGGUCCGGCAUCGGUUGUAGUCUGUAAAGGUUGUAGUCUGUAAAUAAUCACCCCUUGAUGAAAAUCUGUAAAUAACCACAGCUGUAACUUUGUAAAUGUAAAUAUUUCCAUGAAUCUGGUAUGUGACAACAGUCUGAACCUGCUGUAACACUAGGUUUUAUACUGGAGAAUUAGUUGAUGGUUUCUA